UAGCUAAUGCAAUUUGUUGACAAAACAGGUGACGGUCUUUAAAAAAAAAGAAACCAAUUAUUCAGUUUAAGUUCAAUAACUCCUUUACGCUUUCUAACAACUAUUGCGAAUACUUAUACUACUUAAAAUUUAUUUUUUUAAAAUGGCAGCCUAAACAGUAUUCUUACAUCACAGUUUUACUCUUCAUAAUGUAUACCUUAUUAUAUGGGCUCUGGAAAUAUUUAUUUCAGAAGGAUGAAUACUUUGUCCUAAUUCUGGGAUUAGACAAUGCUGGAAAAACGACAUUUUUAGAGCAAACAAAAACAAAAUUCUCUAAAAAUUAUAAAGGAUUAAAUCCAAAUAAAAUAACUACUACUGUGGGACUUAAUAUUGGUCGUAUUGACAUGCAUGGAGUACGUCUGAACUUCUGGGAUCUAGGUGGACAAGAAGACCUGCAAGUUCUUUGGGAUAAAUACUAUGCUGAAUGUCAUGCUGUUAUCUACAUAGUAGAUUCUUCAGAUAUUGAUCGUUUACAGGAAUCAAAAGAAGCAUUUGACAAAAUGAUUACUAAUCCUUCAUUGGUUGGUGUUCCACUGCUUCUAGUUGCUAAUAAACAAGAUAUUCCAAAAUGCUUAACAGUUGGCCGCAUCAAAGAAGUAUUUAGAGAGAGUAAGCAUUUAAUUGGUAGAAGAGAUUGUCAUGUUCUGGCUGUUUCUGCUCUGCAUGGAGAUGGAGUUCAUGAAGGCAUUGAAUGGGUAGUACACCGUGUACGUAGGAAUACUUUACGGCCUCCAAAGAAGAAUGAUGAUUCUUAGUGAUAUAAAAUGUCCUGAUUGUUUUAAUUAAUGAUGUAAAUACUCAAAACAUUUUUUAUUUUACUUUUCCAAUCUGUUUUGUACAUUCAUCUGUACAUAAAAAAAGGAGCAUUAAUGAUAUUUCAAUCAGUCUAUCAAUAUUUAUAUUUUACUCAUUUUAUCAUUGUUGAUUCAAGGCUAAUAAAUAAUUGAUAUUAAAUAUAUUUCCAACAUAA